AGAUUAUGCACCCUACUUUCGUUAGAAGACAACAAUUAAGUAAUAGCAAAUAGCAAAAUCCAGAAGUACCGGCCGUAAAUGGUAGACCUCUCUAGUCACUAACAUUUGUAGUUGUCUCUCAUUCUAUUUCGAGUUAUAUUAUACCAACCCGCUUAUGUAUAAACGGUUUAACUUAACAGAGUUGUGUUGUCUAUGGUUAUUCUUGACAUUGACGUUACUGACAAUACUGACGUUCCUUUUCCGUUCCUUAUGAAAAAAAAAACAACACCAUCAGCAGUAGCAUAAAAUAAUUUGUUUAUAUUCAAAUUGUUCGAUUUCUUUAUUAAUGUUAAUUUUAAUUGGCCGCCCCAAAUGGGAUUACUUCAGUAGUGUUACAUCAUUUGUUCUAAAAUGGGUUCAAUGAUAAUUUGAUUGAAAUAUGGGUAAAGCGCCGAUGAUGUUUGGGACUGCCAUUUAUCUGUAAUUUUAUAUUGCCUACCUUUCUUUUUAAAACGCUUUCUGGUGAAUUGUCAUCAAAAUUCUUAAUUAAGGUAUUCGCGGCUUUGUUUAAAGUCGCCAAAUCUGUCUGGCGUCAAAUUAAAUUUAUAGAUAAAAUCGCUGCCGACUCUCCACAAUGGGGUCUAAAUGGACCGAUGAGUCUGAAGUUCUGCGUGACUUGUCGUUUGCCCAGGGGCGCUGGGUGCCCGGCGGGAUCGAUUCCGCCGUCGCUGGUGCGAAUCCACCAGCCCAUAAUAUUACAGAAGAGACAGAAGAGGAGUACUACCAGCGCUGGACCUCUAUGGACCCCGGAGGCGGAGAUUUCAGCUCCGGCCCGGACCUGUACCAAAUAAAGACUAUGCUGGAACUGAUGCAAGAUGAAGGCCCACCCAUCGAAGAGGAUUUCUCCGGUCCCAUCGAGAUCAGAAAACUCAACAUGCCAGCCACCCACAUCCCAAAAACCAAAAAUACCAAAGAAAACAAGCCUCCGAACAAGCCACGGCGAGCUCGCAACGUCGCCAUCGCCUCCAUAAUGGCACUAGCACUGACCCAGGAGCCUCUGAAACUGGUCAAGCCGGAGGACUUCAUCAAGCCGAGUAAAGAGGAGGAGGAGAUUAGAGAGAGAAGGAAGGAUUCGGUGAAUAAGGUUACCAAUUGGUUGCAGUCGCAGGAUAUCACUUGUAUGUUUAAGAGGAAGUCUUCGGUGAACUCAUUCAAGGAGGACCAAAGAAGCUCAAAAGACAAGUCACCAGUGAAUUCUAGCGACAGUGUAAAGUCUCCAGUGGAAGCGAGCACCAAGUCUCCCAACGGGCAGUACACGCCGACGCUGUGGGCCGAGGAGUACUACCGGAAGGCCGUGGACCGCAGCCACGUGAGGGCGCUGGUGCGCGAGGAUGUGUGGGGGCGCGCUGAGAGGGUCAUGAAGGAGAUAGAUGCUCGGAAAGAGGAGCUCAGGAAGCAACAAGCGGAGGCGGAGUUGGCGGCCGAGAUCGCGCGGCAGUGCGAGGCGCUUGAAGCCACGAGGCUGGCAACCCCUAAUGCAGAUCGAAAUGAAAACACGAGCACACCUGUCGAGGAAGAUGAUGACGGAGCUGAAGGCAUCGCCAAAGUGCUGCUAUCUGCAAGUCGGCACGAGCUGUACCCCGGAGCACCCUGUGUAGUGUGCCAGGUGCUCUCCGCACCCCCCGACCAAGACAGCUCUUCUUCCAUGUGAUCCACGCACACACUAGUCAUGCUGCCAGUGUACACUCAGAUGAAAGGAAAACUGACCGCCUUGUAGUCUGUAUCUUUAGCUAUUUUAUUUUUAAACCACGUCGAUGGCAUACAGGUAUACGGUUCGCCUGAUGGAAAGCGGUCAACAUAACCUAUAGGCGCCUGCAACUCAGGGGGUGUCACGUGCGGGUUGCCGACCCAUUAGAAACUUUUUUUCAGUCGAAGGAAAUAGUAAAUCCGAUGUACUUAGGGUAUGUUUAGGAAACUCAACGAUAGAGGGCGUGAAAAAAAAUUAUAUGCCGUAGUGCAAGUUGUUCGCUAGAUGUCAAUAAUUAAUUGUGUGGGUAAUUUGCUACCUCUGCAAACUGGGUAAUGACUUGUUGUCGUAAAAUGUAUAAGUAUUUUUGAUGUCCAAAUUUUUCGCUAGAUGUCGCUGUACCACCUGCAAACUAGCGAACGAUAUUCUAUGGU